AUUUUAUAACUGGCUUUUGAAACUGAGAUCAACCCCGCAAGGUGUCGCACUGUGCACAAUUGAAAAAAAUGUUUUUGUUUAAUACUGAUUAUACGAACUGAGGCAAUACAUUCAAUCAUCACUAAGAGCAAGAGGAAAAAUCUAGUGAAUAGUGAGGAACAACUAUAUUUAUGUUUUUUUACAAUUUAUUUUUUGGAAUUUUAUUCAAAGUUGAUUUCAUUUGAUGUAACAUUUUGAAACUGAACAAUAUGGUGCUAGUUUUGAAUGGAGUACUGCAAACAAAAUGCCCUCAAGAUACACAGUCACUGUACAAUUUGCAUCCAGUCUACAGAGAUACCGCCAGUCAGUUGCUAGCGAUACCUAACAAAGUUAUCGGGCCAGUGGGACUUCUAUAUGUCCAACAAAGAGAAUAUGCCGCUACCGUUCCUCAUGAUAAAAAUGUGACCAUCAUCGGUUCAGAUGAUGCCACCACAUGCAUAAUAGUUGUUAUCAGGCAUUCGGGCUCUGGAGCUGUUGCUUUGGGUCAUUUCGAUGGAUCGGGUACAGACGAUGCCAUUUGUGCAAUGAUCCGUCAAGUACAGGAUCUUGCUCUGGGGUAUCCUGAGGGUAGAAUCGAAACUCAACUGGUGGGUGGUUACUCAGAUGCCCGACAUUUUUCUGAAGAACUUUUCCACAACAUUAUGAAUGCUUUUCAGAAGCAGUCUGUUGAGGUUGAUUUAACACUUGCCUGUGUAGGGCAAUUGAAUACUACUAUUCGUGAGGGAACCCCUUGGCCAGUCAUAUAUGGAAUUGGAGUUAAUGUCAAGACAGGUGAACUAUUCCCAGCAACAUUCCCAGAGAAAGGUCCUGAAGAAUCCUUGCGAAAUGCCAGACAUCUAACGGGCAACCAUCAACUCUUAGAUAUCUACGACUGUAAUCUGGGUCUUCUGACCAUUGGUCCCUUCAACUAUACGCCUCUUCGAGGAGCAGAUUUAUGGUUAGAGCAAGAUGAUGAAUUCAUCUUGAAUCAUUUAUCUACUUCGCCUGAUGUUCAGCUGCCACAUUUUGUAUCACAAAUUAGGGCGACAUUGAAGUACAUACAGGAGAAUCCAUUUCCGGCUGUGACUGUUUUCAGAGAUAAUCGACCUCAUUAUUUCAGGCGUGAUGAACAUUCAGGUUUGUGGGUUCCAGUCUAUUAGCUUCGGUAGUUGCCUCCAGAGAGAAUGUCGUAUGGGAAUUCAAUUGCAUCAUUCUUUUGGUUUUGCUGAGUUUCAACAAAGUAAUACUUCCUGUACACCUUGAAAGUGCAUUGGUGAUUAUAUUAGAAUCAUA